AUGGCCGAAGAAAGUGAUUCUGGUUCUAUUCAAAGUAGUCAAAGUGAAAUUAGCACUGAAAAGAAAACAUUUGAAUCGAAUAGAUUUUAUUCUUUAUAUACAUUUUACCCAAACAGAUCGUUGGCCAAGAAUGAAAGCACCGACACCUACAAUGCCGAAGAUGGAAGUCUAAGUCUCAGCGUUGUGGCUACAAACCUGCCUGCAUCAUCAGAAACUAAUCUGAGGACAUCACUAGGCCAAAAGUUAUCUCGGAUAUCCUACACUGAUGGUGGACACUUCUUGUCCUUAGGUUUGAGUUUAUCAGAGGAUAAAAGUAGCAGCUCUGCAGUAUGCUACUACUCAAUACUCAAGGGAGUUAACUCUCCACAGAAGAAUGAUGAGAACAAAUUGCCAGACCAACAAUACAUUAUCUGUUUUAUUUCAUUCAUAGACAGCUCUCUAGACUUAUUCCGCAGCGAACUCGACAGCUACAGUUGUGGAUUGUUGAAGCUCCUUGAUGCACAGCCUGCUACCUCCCAGGAUGCAUCAUUUGAACAGCCGCCCAGCGAACUUUCCCAGCUCAGCCAGGUUGAUGGAUCAGUGAAGGAUUAUCUUGACCAGUGGUACGAGGUCGUGCUGCAGUAUCUGUCUCGCUGUGCCAAACGCCUCGGCCCUCACAUCCAGUACUUAAUAUACACAGCACUGUUAGAUCCAAGUCUUGAGAUUAAAGGUGCUACAAACCAAGAGGAGGAGGACAUUAGAAAAUUUAUCCAGUCCUGUAGCAUAACUCCACUUGUGCAGGCCAGUUUGGGAGGCGGGUCACCCACAGACAGUGACCUGUUACUAUCUGUCGGUGGACAGACCAGUGAAUGGUUGCUACCGGUUACAGCAAAACUAACCUUUAGAGAGGAUGGCGUCACAUUUGAUGUUGAUGGUUUCUCUCCAAGCUGUCAGUUCUGCAAGAUAUCUGCAGACCAUCUUCUCUCGGGGGACUCGACUGACAUCACCAAACUUCGUGACUCGCUGGAGACCAUCAAACUAGCUUUUGUACAUAACUUGAAUAAAUUAAAGAGAUUCUUGAAGCAGGCUGAACUAGACCAUUAUGCCUUGUACAGAUCUUUGUCAUAUUUGAAGAAGUGUGGAGCGGGUGAUCUCCUGCUACGCUAUGUUCAGCUUGAUGCCAACACAGACACACUUGACAUCCUGGCAGUUAUUCAAGACUUUCUCAAGGAAAAGGGACAGCAUUUAGUAUGACCUGCCAGUCAGGUGACAUGUUACAUCAGGUGAUACUCUUUGCAAAUGUCACUUGCUAAACUGGUUUUUAUAUCUAAUGUUAGAUAAAUGUGACAUAAUAGAAGUUGAUGGUAGCAGUCAAAAUGUUCACAAGCACAGUAUAUACUGGAUUGUUCCUGGUAUGUAGGAAACCUGCCUCUGUGCUUAGGGCUGUACCAAAAGUGAUUACAUGGUUGGGUAGGAGGUAAUUCUUUUAUACUGUGUUAUUCCUGGUAUGUAGGAAACCUGCCUCUGUGCUUAGGGCUGUACCAAAAGUGAUUACAUGGUUGGGGUAGGAGGUAAUUCUUUUGGUUAUCUACCUCCCAGAAAAUAAGAUUUAUUUAUGUUGAUACUAUUCCCUGGAGCACAAUGAAGCUAGUUUUGGUUAUUAAAUAAUGACACAAUUCAA